UACAGAGAAGCUCUCUGCGGUGUCUCUUUUCAUUCUCUCGCUCCCGGAGUCCAUUCUGCUAUCGGGUGUGUGUGAUCAAACGUGUUCUCCCUCCUACCUUUUCUCUCUUUCUCUCCGUUCCGUAUCUCUCAGUUUGCUCUGUUUACUCAGAGCGGCUGUCGUCGAGUGUGUGUGUGCGCGCCAGUAUGCCAUGUCGUCUCUGAGUUCGUCGUUUGUCCAGAUAAAACAUGAGGACCUGCGGUUCUAUGAGAACUGUGGAGGGGGCAGCUUUGGGAGUGUCUACCGAGCACACUGGAUAUCUCAGGAUAAAGAGGUCGCUGUGAAGAAACUACUCAAGAUCGAGACUGAGGCUGAGAUACUGAGUAGCCUCAGUCAUAAGAACAUUAUUCAGUUCUAUGGCGCCGUACUGGAGUCCCCCAACUAUGGCAUCGUCACAGAGUAUGCGGGCGGAGGUUCUCUGUAUGAGUACCUCUCCAGUGAACAGAGUGAGGAGAUGGACAUGGAACAAAUCAUGACCUGGGCCAUGGAGAUAGCCAAAGGAAUGCACUAUCUUCACUCGGAAGCCCCAGUCAAAGUCAUUCACAGAGACCUCAAGUCGCGAAACGUGGUGCUGACUGCAGACAAAGUGCUCAAGAUCUGUGAUUUUGGAGCGUCUAAGUUCCAGUCCCACACCACCCACAUGACAGUGGUGGGCACCUUCCCCUGGAUGGCCCCAGAAGUCAUACAGAGCCUACCUGUGUCAGAGACCUGUGAUACCUACUCCUACGGCGUGGUGCUAUGGGAAAUGCUGACACGGGAGGUUCCGUUUAAAGGCUUCGAGGGGCUGCAGGUUGCUUGGCUGGUGGUGGAGAAACAAGAGAGGCUGACCAUCCCCACCAGUUGUCCGCCUAGCUUCGCUGACCUGAUGAAGAAGUGCUGGCAGGCCGAACCAAAGGAGCGUCCAGUGUUUAAGCAGGUGUUGGGGACUCUGGAGACCAUGUCUAAAGACAGCAGACUACCAGAACAGUGUAACUCCUUCCUACACAACAAGGACCAGUGGAGGUGUGAGAUAGAUGCCACGUUGGAGAGGUUGCGGAGGCUGGAGAGAGACCUGAGUAGCAAAGAGAAGGAGCUGGAGGAGAGAGAGCUGAGGCUGAGACUGUGGGAGGAGAGACUGAUGGAGAGGUCCAAUGUCACCCCUUUCUUCUCCCCCAUAGCAUCAGGCAUCAGCUCGGAGUCGUUCUUCCGUUCUCAAUCUCAGGAGUCCAACAGCGCCAAGAUAUCCUGCCUUAUCAGAACCCUCAGCAACGGAGAGAGGGAGAGAGAGAGGGGUGUGGAGGGAGGGAUAGACAGGGGGAUAGGGGGGUUCCAGUCCAUGAUUAGGGGCUUCUCAAGCAGUCUUGGGGAGACGGAUGGAGAUGGAGGGAUAGAGGUAAACUGGGGGGAGAGAGAGAAGGAGAGGGGGACGGAGGGAGGGAUAGAAGGGGGUCGGCUGGAGCUAGGGGAAGGGGGUCGGCUGCAAAUCAUGCUAAAGGGCUUCCAGGGUGGGAUUGGAGAGAUAGAUGGGGAGACUGAGAGGGAAGAGAGGGGAUGGGGGAGACUGGGAGACAAGAGGGAUGGAGGGAGGUAA